UACCCCUUUCUUAAUAAUGCAAACGAAAGGAAUUAUGUUUUAAUUUUUAUUUACAGCUAUCCAGCGACGUGUAUUAGUAGCGUUGCCUCAACAAGCAAGCAUAGCUAAAAUUAAGAAAGCUCGAAAUGUUAGCGAGCUAGCUAGCUAGUUAGCACGUUAACUUAAGUGAUUCAGUCAUACAGGAAUAACUAACGUUGACGUUAGUUUUAAAACGGGACAGGUUUUUGUCCCAUGCUAUGAUCGUCAUAAUCUUUCAAAAAAAGCAUGGCGAUCCCUAUAGCCAUCUUGGACUGUGAUCUACUCCUCCACGGUCGAGGCCACAAGACCCUGGACCGCUUUGACCUGGACUCUGUCCCAGAUGAUUUCCUCCUCACGCACUUCGGCUUCCCCAGAGAGUUUAUUCUGUAUCUGGUGGAGUUACUCAGAGAGGCUCUCUGCAGACGGACCCAGCGGUCCAGAGCCAUCAGCCCUGAGGUCCAGGUGCUGGCUGCUUUGGGAUUCUACACAUCUGGCUCGUUCCAGACAUCUAUGGGAGAUACUAUAGGGAUCAGCCAGGCGUCAAUGUCAAGAUGCGUGUCUAAUGUAACCAGAGCCCUUGUGGAGAAAGCUCCCCAGUUCAUCACGUUCAACAGAGAUACAGCCAGCUCAGAGCAGUCCCUCCAGCAGUUUCAGAGGGUGGCAGGAUUCCCAGGAGUUCUGGGGGUGCUGGACUGUGUUCAGGUCACCAUCAAAGCACCAAACAGCGAAGACUCGUCAUAUGUAAACAGGAAGGGCUUUCACUCUGUGGGCUGUCAGCUGGUUUGUGAUGCCAGAGGGUUGUUACUCAGCGCAGAAACACACUGGCCAGGCGGACUCAAAGACACUGAAGUUCUAGAGAGAUCUGCUCUCCGCAAACAUUUGCAGGACAUAGAGGAGGGCUGGCUGCUGGGUGACCGUCGUUAUCCUCUAAGGAAGUGGUUGAUGACUCCGGUUGACUGCCCAGAGUCCCCUGCUGAGUUUCAAUAUAAUCUGGCUCACAGUGCUACACAUGAGAUAGUGGACAGAACCUUCAGAGCCAUACAGACCAGAUUCAGAUGUUUGGACGGCACCAAAAGAUACUUACAGUAUUCUCCAGAAAGGAGUUCAUCCAUCCUGCUGGCCUGCUGUGUUCUCCACAACGCCUCCCUGCAGUCUGGAUUGGAUGCCUGGACUCUGGAGAGAACCGACCCUCUGGAGCAACCCGAGUGCCUCGAACAGAGACCUGAGGACCGCGACAUCCAGGCAGAGGACCUCCGAAAACAGCUCAUACUCAAACACUUCAGCUGAACUGCUGGUCGGAGUCAAAGGGGAUCGAGACUACAUUAAAACUGGGACCAGAGCAAGCCAUCUUUUUUUAAAGUGGUUAGCACUGCAACCCUCAACAGGAUAAGCGGUUACGGAAAAUGAAUGAAUGAAUGAAUGAACAAACCCGUAUAAGUCAUAUUUAACAUGAGAAAAUCCACAGACACCGUGUUGCUGAUGCAGUUUUUUAAUAUUUUGCUGGUUU